GCAUGAUAUCUGAACAGGCACACUUGGCGACUGAUUGAGGUGGGUUGUACAUGCCAUUGAUUUCAAUAUCCUUGGGUUCAAAUGUUCCGCCACAGGGCUUGAUGGCCAAGGCGAACGUCUGACAAUCUGGACAGAAUCCUGGUUGAAGAGGUGCAGCCGAAGCCUGAGGAACAAGGCUUGAAAUCAAAAGCAAGCUGAAGAGGAUGAGGAAAAGAGGGAGUGCGGCUGUUGUGCGGAAAGAACGUUUAUGAUUGCGAGAAAAGACUGAGGAACGUGACUUUGACCGUGAUGACAAACGUUUGAGGCUGCUGUUGCUGCUGCUAUUAGCAACAGCCUUAUGGGACAGACUCCUGUGAGAUGAAGACAAGAGCAUGGUUUCUGAAAGAAAGGAUUUUUUUUUUUUUGUACUAUUGUUUUUGUCGAUAUUUGGUGUCACGGUUGCAUUGUAUGGUUGUACAGGUCCGUGGAUCGAAUUGGAUAAAUUUGGGAAGCAGUUGUUGGUAUGAACGUGUUACAAACCGUGGAGGAGAUUUCAGGUUGUUGAAGAAGAGGUCGGAGAGAGGAUUCCAUAGAAGAAUAUGAGAAAGAGAGAAGAAGGGGAGAAAAAGAGAAAGAG